AUGCUGCAUACGAGCCAUCCUCAAGAAUUCGAGAAAUGGACUUCCAUGGGCCCGUCCGACACUCAGAUGCUCGGCCUGGAGUCUAACUUCACGGAUGAGGAGUUAUACGGAAGCCAUCUGAGUCUCAACGGAUUUGAUCUGUCAUCUUCACAAUUACUGAGCCCGGAGCUUUGCUCAGAAUUUGACUUAGCGACAGGCGAAACGGGCUCGGGGCUCUACCAUCCCUCGCAACCGAUGGGUGUUGCUAAUUCUCUGAAUGUGCCUCAAUUGGCGGACAAAAUAUCUUCAAUAUUCGGAGAAUCCUCGUUCAACACCGCCCCCGAUACCAAGCCCACCAACUCCGAUUUUUCUCUAGACGAUUUGCUCCGCUCGGCAUCCCAACUAGCAACUGAACGCGCGCUCUACAUGAAUAUUCCUGCAAGUACACCUUCUCCGCGAGCAUCACAGGACAGCCCUAGCUCGCGAUUGCACUUCGUCCAGUCGCCCCUUCUCGAUGACCCCUGCAGCUCACCGGGAAAGAGCCAACAGUCAUACAGUGGCAGUGAGGGGGAAUGGGACCGGGAAUACAAUCAAGGCGAACCGGUCCAAUUCUAUGGACUACCCGAUAUUGGCUUCCCCGACCCAGUCUCACUGCAUCACGCGCUCGACGAUGGACUGGUUCAACCUUCGUUUGGCGACCCACUGCCCACUAUCAGCAACGCAGAAGGAAAUAGCAAAAGCCAGUCCAGGGAAAUUAGCUUCACCCUGGACUUGGAGGAAAACGGGCUUACCCCGCUGGAAAUGCCGGAUGGAAGUACCCGUUUCACAGCCAACUGGCUCCCCGUGGACCCCGAAGGUGGAUUCACCAUCCGAGCACCACCCACCGCGCGCAAGCCUGAGCCCAACAGCAAUAGCAACCACCAGAUGACGCAGGACACCGGAGACUAUCUCUUCGCACGGAAUGCAUUCAUCUCUAUCCCGACGUCGACUACGCACCUGCGGAGCACCGCAGCAUCUGCACUGCACCCAGCCACUAGAUUGCGGGCUACCACCGACCGGGCCGCCCGAUUCGUCCACCCGACCAUUGCGCCGGUCGCAGCGGCGCCGGAGAAAUUCACGGACGUUGCGCCAAUCAUUGCCCCAGUUCCAAGCAAAACAAUCUCCCAGAGGGGACGCGAUGCCCCUUUCCUCGAAGAGAAAACAAAUUGCCAACGGGCCUUCCUUUUCUCUGGGCCUGACUGGGCUUGA